GUGACUUGUGGAAAUGUUUAUGAGCUGAGGAUUGUAUUGUAUUGUUUAUUAUUUAAAUUUCGUAUAGUAAUGAUGGGUGUAAGUAGCUGCGUAAGCCUUAGGCAGGCGAGGGGAUCGUGUCACUGCCCAGCUUGCCCCCGGGCUUCGGGACACGGGGUUUCGAUGCCGCCCCAGACUCUGGUGCUUCCCCCGAUGGCGCUCGAACCUGAGACGACCCCUGUCAAGGAUAAAAAGGGGUCGAAGAUGAAAGUCUUGAAAAAGAUUAAAAAGAAAAUUGGAUUAGCGCCCCGAACGUCGUGCACCGGCGGCACUCCCAACAAUCUACCGCCUCUUAGCUUCCACGCGGUCCACGGUGAAAAUGUUCGCGUAUCCCGUGAUGGUGCCACGGCAAGGCGUGUGGAAUCUUUCUGCAAGGGUGUGGCGUUCAGUGCCAGACCAGUUAGGGUUAAUGAAAAAGUGUGCCUUCGUUUCCUCGAAAUUUCGAACAGCUGGAGUGGAGUCAUACGUUUCGGGUUCACAACCCAUGACCCCACGAGUCUAGCCCACGCGCUUCCAAAGUACGCCUGCCCAGACCUGACGAACAAGCCCGGGAACUGGGCUAAGGCUCUCGGCGAAAGAUUCUGCGAGAAGGAUAAUAUACUGCACUAUUACGUCAAUUCGGCUGGCGAUGUCCAUUUCGGGAUAAAUGGGGAGGACAAGGGUUUGUUCUUCUCCGGUGUUGAUACUAGGAGUCCUUUGUGGGCGUUGGUGGACGUUUAUGGUAAUUGCACAGCAGUACAGUUUGCGGACCCGAGGGCGCCCAAUCAAAUUAGAAGAUGCACCCAAAGUCCAGUCGAGGAAGAUAGACUAGUGUCAAGCAUGCGCUCGUUAUCUGUAGAAGAACCCCUACCGCCACCGAGGUAUCAGAGUCCUUUGGUUCCUUUAAGUCUUCACAGAACGAAAGGGAGGAACGUACAGUUCGUCAAUGAUAGAGGUGUUGCGGCGCGAAUCGAAGCGGAGUUCUGCCAAGGAUACGUUUUUACCGCUCGUCCUAUGCGCCCAGGACAAACAAUUGUAGUUCAAAUCUUAGCGACGGAAUCAGCAUAUGCUGGGAGUUUGGCUAUUGGUCUAACGUCCUGUGACCCAGCGACCCUCAGACCCUGCGACUUACCAGAUGAUGCGGAACAACUCCUCGAUCGUCCGGAAUACUGGGUGGUCAGAAGAGACGCAGCAAACGGCCUCCGAAGAGGCGAUGAACUAGCUGUGACCCUGACUUUAGAUGGCGAGGUUCGAGUCAGCAGGAAUGGUUCUAACCCAGUGACCGUAAUGCACGUAGACCAUACCCUAAGAUUAUGGGCGUUUGUUGAUAUAUAUGGUGCGACGCAGAAGGUCAGAAUGUUGAGUUCGCAAGCGAUGCAAGCGCAGACUCCGCCGCAACAGUUGAGGGUUUUGGCAGGUUCAGCGGCUCCGAUUUCGGCUGGAGCAGGGGGGACGGUGCUAGUGGUCAGCCUUCCACCGCAAAAUGGUGCCCAAAACGCUGCCAACCACCAGCAGGGCUUGACCCUGGCCAGUGCGCAUUACAUUGAGCCAAUACAAACAUCGUCACAACUCUGUCUUGCCGGUCUCCAACCAAUCGCCACGCAGGCUCCAACAUGCUCAGCUCCGCAGCCCUACCGCCCUAGAACGGAAGGCCAGUGCUCCUCCACCAGUCAAAACAACUCCAACGAACAGCUCCAGAUGCCCAACGUCCUAGCUGAACCCUUAAGACUCGACAGGAUCCCCAACGGACCCUCAACCAGCAGGCAGUUACCGUCUACCUCACACCAUCAACCAAUAUACUCUGUUAUAGGAGAAGGAAACCUAACAGGCACGGAAUGCACGAUAUGCUAUGAGAAUCCCAUCGAUAGUGUUCUGUACAUGUGCGGGCACAUGUGCAUGUGUUAUCGCUGUGCAGUACAGCAGUGGAGGGGCAAGGGGGGUGGUCAGUGUCCUCUAUGUAGGGCGCAAAUCAAAGACGUUAUUCGCACAUACAAAUCCUGAUGUGCUUUCAACAUGGCCGCUGGGUUUGACUCUUUCGCGCGCUAUCCGCUGUCAACCCGAAAUUGACAGGAUAAAAAAAUAUAUGCCAAAAACGCGUUCGGAUACUCGAUUUGAUUUAAUAUAUUCAAAUAAGGUAACUACUCCAAAAAGUAUGUAUAUAAAUAAUGUUAACGUAUUUAUGUGUACAAAAAAUGAGACACUUGACUUAUCGUAUCGACUAGGGAGGUUCGGCUGUUAUGUAUGGAUCGUAGGUGUUAUAUGUUGAAUUAAUAUAUGCAUUUGAUUUUAA